AGAGUAAUUUUAAUUUGCUCUUAGUCCUGCAUAAUGGUAGAUUCCGGAAGUGUUCUUUCCCCUCAUCAUUUUAAAGUCCUUUCUUUUAUAAUUAGAGUUUAAUUCUCUUUCAUUUGCUUAAUCUGCAACACUAGUGUUCAAGUUUCGCUUCAAGUUCAAUUAUUCUGUUAUUGAAUUCCUUCCUUUUCUCUCUGCGAGUAUAAGCCUAAUGUCAAUAUAGCUUAAAGCUAUGGAAUAUAUUGUGUUUUCAAAAUGUCCGUCUUAAUUAAGCCAAAAUAGUGCGAGCACACUUUCUGAUCUUCAUUCAAUUUCAGCAUUUUCUCAUCAGCCUUCCACUCCUCCAAAAGGCUGAGCAAAUUUUGAAUAGUUUAUUUGCUGCAUACAUCACCCUGUUUCCCAACUUAUUUCUGGAAAGGUUUUUAAUGCGACCAUCCUAUAUUUAAUAGUGCUAAUCGAUGAGAAAAUUAGCCUGUACCUUAUCUGUCCGCAUUAAUUGCUUGUAAAGCUACAAAAAAAUAGCAUGUUUUGCCCCAUAGCUUUGUGUAGAUGUCAUCUCAAAAGUCUUUCUGCUGUACUACUUGUCACAUCUCUUGAAUUUUCUUAAUUCUUUCUAUUGUCUUAUUCCUUGUGUUCUGCUUAAUUGUGCAGAUUUUCUUUGUCAAUAUAACAGCAAAAGAAUUUUGUUUGCUUUCCUUUCAAAACCAUGAAUUUUAGAGUAUAGUAGGUAUCUCGUUUUAAUCCUUUUGAAACCGAGGUUAACUCCAAGAACAUCUAAUUUGCACGAAAUAAAAUGUUGGCAAAUCUAACUUUAGACACAUUACUUGUCAAAAAAGAAAGAUCUUUAGAGUUCAGACACAUUCUUGUUGCUGUUAUUUUGCUAAGUCAGCAUUCAAUUUGAACUGUUACUCUUUUUCUUUGUAGUAUCUUUUUUCUCUAAAUAUUUUAGCUUGUAUGUGAAUCGAGUGUUCUUCAUGUCUUGUCUUAGAAAUAUAAACAAAGAUUUCUUUUCCUGUUUCAUGAAACAUCUCUCUUUUUUUGUUCGAAAGUAUGUCUGCUCUUUAAUAGAUUUUAUAGAUAAGCUAUGCGUCUACUCAGAAAACUUCUUGUUGUAUAUGUCAAUUUCAAUGACUAGUAUUGAAGCAUGCUAAAUAAUGAACUUCUUGGAGUAUUAGCAAUUGGUUUCAUCCAUGCUUUUGGAGUAAUGACUGUCUUAAUUGUAGGGACAUACUCUAAUCUUAAAACUGAUCUAGCCUAUAAUAUAGUUUCGCGUGCUGUAAAAAAGAAUGUAGCUUAUGUUGGGUAGUUCGCUGUUGAUUUUAAAUGGUGUUGCCAAGUGACUUUUGAAAGAACUCGUAUUGCCUGUAUCUCUCUUCUUAUGACGAAGUACUUAAUUUCUUGUUUUUUCCAGAGAAAUCUUAAUAGGGAGGGGAAAAUUGAUCUUUUAAAACUAAGAAUAUUGAGGGUCAGAAAAUAAUAUGUGCUUGUCAUUGUUUAUUUAUUCUACUAGUUAUUUCCGAGUAAACUCUAAGCAUUGGUUCAGCAAUAAACUAUGGAGUAAUAAAGAAACGACUAUGGGAAUGGACUAAUUCAUAAACUAACAGCAAUAGUUAACCAUACAGACCUGAGGUGAGGCCAUGACAGUAAUAUUUCAAUGUCUUUGCAACUUUACAUAGUAUUUCCAAAUAUUAUUUGUUUCAAGCUAUCUAAAUUGACGAAUUUCCAAUGCCAAAAUUUUGGUCUCAAACCACUUAUCUUGAUUUUGGCUGAUUCACGACAGCUUCUGUUGGUAAUUACUUCCGAUUAUUAUUUUCCCCCAUGAAACAAGUGCAUAUUACAGGAUGAAACACUGAAACAUAAUUUUAGAUUACAAACUAAGCCUUUCCAGAAAAUGUUUAUAGAAGAACUUAAAGAUAGAUCGGAUAAAGAAACUGAUCAAAUAUCAAAAAAGAACUGCACAACAAUACCUCAUUAACUAAUACAGAUACGCUUACACUUUAUUUAUCAGUACUUAUUCCUAUAAACCAUUUUGUUUCAUACAGCAGAUAUCUAUUUUGCGACAACACGAGCAGCAGUAAUACUUAAAAACACUCCAUAACCUUGAGCUUGGACCGACACCAGGGAGAAGCAUUUGGAAUCGCUUCAGCUGCGUGGAGGUGGCUGAGGAUUCUUGGGUUUCGAUUGAUCUGCAGAAGGAGUGGGGCCCAGAGUGAGCUCAAGUUCAGCUGGAGGAAGAAACUGCUUGCAAUCUCUUCUUUAUUUGACCAUUCACAAGGGCUAUCUGGCACGACUUCCUUAUCAGGAUUCAGAGUUGGAGUGGACAUCGGUGAACCAGCAAGCUAGGAGACUGAGAACUAGAGGCCCUAUCAUGAAGGCAGGGUUUGCUGCUGUGGUCUACAACAUUUGAAAUGAAACAAAUACCAGCAUUUUUCAAAACAAACGUCAUCCUACGGAGACCAUUCUACAACAACAACAUACUCAUUGUAAUACCACAAGUGGGGUCUGGGGAGGGUAGUGUGUACGCAGACCUUACCCCUACCUUUUUGGUAAAGAUGUUUCCGAUAUACUCUCGGCUCAAGAAAAAGCAUAUCAAACCAGUACGGGAAAGAAGUAACGGAAUUGAAAGGAGGCCAUUCUACAUGGUGUGAAACAGGACACUGCAUUCGGCUUAGAAACAACAGUAGGUUGUUUGGUUUUCUUUGUUCUAUUUAGAUACUCUGGGUUGUGGCUGUUUCUUUGUAUUAAGGUAUGCGUAGGGUUUACUUGAGAAGGGCAGGUGGUUGGCUCCUCCCUUUGCUUUGUAAUUAUUACUUGGUAAUUAAUAAAUUUGGUUUAAUUGCCAAAAAAAAAAAAAAAACAUCCACAUAUAGAAUAAGCUUACACGAGGUACCAUGAAUGAAGACUAAAAAUUAUGUUAUACGAAAAGAUAGACAAGAUAGCUAGGCCGUAUAUAGCAUGAAAUCCUACAGAUUGUCAUGGCUUGCAUGCUGCAGUUAUUGCGAUCGGUUUACCACCUCUACCGCUCAAUUUAAGGAUAUUUUAGUCUUGAAUUUUUUCAUUAAACUUAAACAAGCCAUUUAUGAACCGUUAUCAAAACCAGGGACAAUUUUUAAAUACUGGUGCGAAAAUAGCUUAUUUGUGCAAAUCACCUUCAGCUAUUAAAAGAUUUAACCACUUUAUCUGUGGAAAUAUCUUUAUAGGGUCAUAUAUCAUGUGGCUGUAGUUAUUUAUGUGCUUAAAUAUUUAAUGUUUAUAGUGUGAGAGAAAGAUAUUUGCUUAAUGCUCGAUCUCAUGGUAUUAUCAAGUGGUUCAAAAUUUAAAAUCAGAUGUAUUAAUAUUUCAAAGUCAGAAUGAUCACCUUAAAAAGGAAAUGCAAUUAAUGAAUGUGGAAACUGUAUCGUAACAUAAUAUAUGGCAGAGCAAUUUCACUCUACUUUUAGUAGCUCUUAAUAUAUAAGCAAUCAAAAGUUUCACUUCUUCUAAUAAAUUUAAUAUGUAAUUACAUACAGCUAAAAAUAAUUAAAAUGCAAGAUAUAGAGUAUCCCAUCUGACUAGAGAUUCCUUUUUGAGAAAAAACAGUAACGCAUCACUACAUGUAUCUAGGAUUAUGCACAAAGCUUAUUUUCGCUAAUAAAUUUAUUUAUAUCCAUAUAAAAUGAAUCAUAUCAAACUCAAAGAAGAACUCAAUAAACGUGUGAGAAUAAGACACUUAAUCUCCAUAUUACCAUUUUUUUAUAAUAAGAGUGGCAUUUAAUUAAAGCAAAGAUAUGAUAGUUUGAAAUAUAUUGAUGGAAUCAGCAUUUCUAGCAAGUUGAUUUGAUCCUCUAGUAGAACUACCAUUAACUAUGAGUUGGUUGUUUGAAUUUGUAUAUUUGUAACGCCAUGCAAUCAUUAAUUUCCCAUAUUUGGAGGAUUUGUAUUUACAACAUUUUCUAUAUAAAAGAUCUAUUCUCUUCAUUCUUUCAUCAAGUUAAUUUCAAGAACAUAAACAUUAGUAUAGAGAUCAAAUGGAUGUUUUUUCUAUGAAAAAACCAUGUUCUUCUGAGGCUUCUAGCAUAUCGGCAACCUCAGAAGAAUCUCAUGAAGUCGUUACAAACACGAAGAAGAUGAAAGAAAAAGCUAUGGAAGGCUCUCAAUUGAAGCCACAUGAAUUAUCAUCUGCUGGUGUACUUCUUGAUCUCAAAGUCCAUAAUGGUUACACCAAUAACAAAAAUAUUAAUGGUUCAAAUCUUGAACUCAAUCUUUUCAAUUCAACUUCGGCUCAUGCUAGUGAGUCUUCUAAUGAGGCAACGCCUAAACAAAGGCGUUCCUCAGAAAAUAGGGUUUUCUCUUGCAGCUUCUGCAAGAGAGAAUUCUCCACUUCCCAAGCCCUAGGGGGACAUCAAAAUGCUCAUAAACAAGAGAGGGCAUUGGCUAAAAGGAGAAACGGACUUGUUGAUGUUGUUUCACCUUUUGGCCCUCCCAAUUAUCAUCCCUACUAUAAUCCCUACUCAAAUUUCAACUCACACAUGCCAUUUCACGGUUCUUUUACUAGUCGAUCAUCGCUUGGUGUUCAAGGAGAUUCUUCCGCGAUUCUUAAGCCUAGUUCCUAUCAGACAUGGCCAUUUUUGUCAGGCUACAAUUAUCGAUAUAACCCCGAGAAGUGGUCAUCAUCAUCAUUUUUUAGGACAGAAAAUCUCCAAGGAAAUAACAAGAUAGAUUUGAUUGGAAUUGGAGGUGCUUCUUUGGAGGAUUCCCUUAAUAUUGAGAACAAAAAUAAUGCAAAGGGUUUCAAUUUAAUGGAUUUACCAGUCAAUGUUGGUGAUAAUCUUGGUGGAAAAAAAUAUAUGAAGAUGGGAUUGGGAGAGGAGAACGCAGAAAAGAAUAAUGAAGAACAAGAAGAAUCAGAGCUUGAUUUGAAUCUAAAGCUUUAAUUUAGUUUGCUGCUUUGUAUU